AUGGAUCUGAAUGUAGCCAACAUAGAUCAUUCUGGCUUUUAUACCGAUGGUAGAAGCCAGACUAUCUCCUUCCCAUUCAUCCCAUUACCGAGUGGAAUGCUAGCCUACGAAGACUAUGGAAGCCUUCAGGUCGUCGGGCAAUCACCUAUAAGCAACCCUUCCCUAGUGGAUGAAACUCUGGAUAUUACCGACAGUUUUGAUUUGCAAUCUUAUUACUACGGCAUGGAGGCUAGCCCGCUCCAAACGUCUCACGCUGCUUUCGUUGACAAGUCCCAGAAGGCAGACACUCUGGGUUAA